AUGGAAGAAGCUUUGUACAAAAAAAAUCUUGUUCAAGGUAAAAUUGAUCAGAAUACUUGGAGUGUGUCACGGUUUAGCAUUAAUAUCGAUACUCAGUAUACUGAAAUGGACAAUGUUAGUGAAAUGGAUGAUGUCAGUGAAAUAGACGAUGUCAGUGAAAUAGACGAUGCCAUUGAAAAAAAACUUUGA